AUGGAAGAUGACGCACAUCAGCCCGAUAAGCUGAACACGGCAGGGUCAAGACGACAUUUUGAAGGAAAGAAGAGGGACAAGAUCCUGUACAAACAUAAUGCGAUAGUGUUGCCGCAACUCUACCAAACGGAAUUUUUUUUCAGGUCACAUGAUCAGAUGGGCCAUCAGGGAAUCAAAAAAGUAUACCAGAGGAUCUUGAAACGCUUUGAAUGGCCUGGAAUGAAAAAGGCAUGCGGGAAGUGGGUGACAGCAUGUCUGUCAAGUCAACAGGGAGUUUUUCUCGUACAACUUAACCUGUCUGGAGGCCAAUCUACAACCAUGUUCUUUGCCAGGUUGUUUUGUUACAUUAUACAUGCUGCUGUUAUGCCAUCUUCACUUAUGGUCCAAGAAACGAAAGCUCCGACAGCCCAAUUUAGCGAGUGGACUUCGCAUCGAAGAAACUUUCAUGAGUCCUCUGAUCCUUUGCCACCAGAUUCUUCAAUCCGAAUAGCUGAUUUAAACAGAAUUGCAAAGGUUACUAACAGUGGAAACUCGAAGGCACAAAAUGGCAUCACAGAGGCGGAAAUUGAAGUUGAUUUCAACCAAGAUGCCACUCAUAAGUUCCCAAAUAAGUGCAUAACCAACAUGCACCCAGCCAGCAAUGGUAACUCCACAACUACUGCAUCCAGCAUAUCCUCUAAUAUGUUCUUCGAUGACCGACUGUCCCAAAUGCAGAACAACUCUCACGGAGACUCAAACGAUGCGCAUGAAAGCGUCAGUGAAGAUGGUUAUCGUUUGGAGUACAUCGCCGAAGUUUUGGACUCUAACGAUUUUGUUGAUGUAUCGGACAACAUCAUCCCAAUGGCGUCCUUGUUCCGUUGCGAUUCUUUCUCCUGCAGAAGUGAACCGGGCGAAAGAGCCAUCGAAUUUCUCAGCAUAGCGGAAAGUUCCGAUUACGCAACACGAAUGUCACCAGGAGAAAGAUUUCAAAGAACCGGGACUUUCCUAAAAAUCGGGUAG